UAUACACACGCUCAAGCGAUGUACUGCGACUUUCAUCUCAAGUAAAGGAGUAAAUCAUUAAGUGACAACAUGCUGUUAACCACCAGUGUAAUACUAUGGCUGAUAGCCAUGGCUUUGCUACUCUACCGUUGUGUACGUUUUCUAUUUGAUCGACCCCCAAAUUUUCCCAGUGGACCACCACGGCUGCCGCUUCUCGGUGGAUACGCUAUAAUGCUGAUGAUCAACUAUUGGCACUUGCACAAGGCAGCCCAAAAGUUAUGUGAGUUCUACCGGACAAAGAUCCUGGGCAUUUACCUGGGUGAUUUCCCUUCAAUUAUUGUGACUGACAUGGAAGUGGUCAAGGAGAUUCUAAGCAGAACUGAAUUCGACGGUCGAUCGGAUAUGUUCCUUGCACGUCUACGAGAACAAAAUUUUUUAAGCAGAGGGAUAUUCUUUACACAAGGACCGCAUUGGAAAGAACAGCGCCGUUUUGUUCUACGUCAUUUGCGUGAUUACGGAUUUGGUAGACGAUUCCUAGAUCUCGAGGCUGAAACUGAAAGUGAAAUUUUAAAUUUGAUAGACAUGCUUCAUUACGGUGCAAAAUUUGAACAUGAGAAACAGAUUUUUAGUGAUGGUUGUGCGAAAUGCCCAGAUGUAUUUUAUGGUUGUUUGGCAAACGUGUAUUUCCAAGUAAUUUGCGGUGAACGUUUUUCGCGAAAAGAUAUGGGAGGUUUGUUUGAAACCGGUCGUUACGCUCUCAAUUUCCAGCAAAAAGGAGACGAUUACGGAACAGUGCUGAGCUAUCUUCCUUGGUUGAAGGACUUUUUCCCAGAAGCAACCAACUACCGGAUAAUGCGUGAGGCAAACCUGAAAGUGAAUAAACUACUGGAAUCUGUAUUAGAAAAGUAUAUAAAUUCCUACGAUGAAUCCCAUAUUCGAUGUUUCUUAGAUCGCUAUAUUCAGGAAAUGAAAAAAUCAACACCGCUCGAAGGACAAAACUUUACAUUUCAAUACGAUCAAUUAGUGAUGAUACUGUGGGACCUGCUGAUACCAACCAUGUCAGGAGCGGCUAUUCAGCUCUCGAUGUUAUUGGAACGUAUUCUCCUGAAUCCCCAUGUUGGAGCUAAAGUGCGACAUGAGUUGGAUGACGUUGUCGGUCGUGGACGUCUACCAUCUCUGGAUGAUCGUGUCCAGCUUCCAUAUACGGAAGCCACUUUACGCGAAGCUCUCCGAAUCGACACGCUGGUUCCAUCAGGGAUUGCUCACGUGGCGCUUGAAGAUACAAAACUUCGUGGAUACGACAUUCCCAAAGGAACAUUCGUUGUACUGGGCUUAGAUACUAUUCAUCAUCAGACAAAUGUGUGGGGUGAUCCAGAAAAUUUUCGACCAGAGCGUUUUCUUUGUGAACGCGGUAGUCUUCAGCUAUCGAAAGAUAUUACUGUACCCUUCGGGGCGGGAAAGCGGCUAUGCGCAGGUGAAACUUUUUCUCGUAAUACACUUUUCUUGAUGUUUACUGCUAUUAUGCAAAACUUUGAUAUUGAAUAUAAAUUGGGUGACCCAUCACCGAAGCUAAACAAACGUAUAACCGGAGUUGUUACAUCAACAGAUCCAUUUUGGCUCAGUUUCAAGCCCAGGUAAAACCCAAAUAGAAGAUUUUUUUCUCCAUGUAAGCAAAAUGGUACAAAAUAACGUUAAAGUUAAUAAAACAACUGUUGUAAAUCAUAAGAUAUACAAUUCCAGAUAUUCUAUAGAUUUAUAACUAUUUUUUACUUAAGGUUUUCAAUCUUUUAGAUAUUUGAUUUAGAAACGUUGAAUACGUAUUUAUACGGUUUCGGUAUGCAGCGUGAACUCCGUACAUACUAGAGAUAGGGAACAAAUAUUUUGAAAUAAAAAAGCCUCAUUUAAUCCACCUAGUAGUGAAAGGAACCUUUGUUAUAUG